GAGAAUUUCCACCAGCCAUGUUAGUCUCCAAUAUCACCUCAACCCAUCCAGCUGCCUUCUUGUUGAUAGGAAUUCCAGGCCUGGAGCACCUACAUAUCUGGAUCUCCAUUCCUUUCUGCUUCGCCUAUACUCUGGCCCUGCUAGGCAACUGCACGCUCCUCUUCAUUAUCCGAGUUGAUACAGCCCUCCAUGAGCCUAUGUACCUCUUUCUGGCCAUGUUGGCAGCCACUGAUCUCAUCGUCACUUCUACAACACUUCCCAAAAUGCUGGCCAUUUUUUGGUUCAGAGAUCAGGAGAUAAACUUCUAUGCCUGUCUAGUCCAGAUGUUUUUUCUCCACUCCUUCUCCAUCAUAGAGUCAGCAGUGCUGCUGGCCAUGGCUUUUGACCGCUAUGUAGCCAUCUGUAAGCCACUAUACUACACCACGAUCCUAACCAGGUCCCUUAUCACCAAGAUUGGCAUGGUUGCUAUGACUCGGGCUGUGGCAUUAAUGACUCCACUCCCCUUUCUGCUCAGACGCUUCCACUACUGCCGAGGCCCUGUUAUUGCUCACUGCUACUGUGAGCACAUGGCUGUGGUAAGGCUGGCCUGUGGGGACACUCGAUUCAACAAUAUCUAUGGCAUUGCUGUGGCCAUGUUUAUAGUGGUGUUGGACCUGCUCUUUGUUAUCCUGUCUUAUAUCUUCAUCCUUCAGGCAGUUCUACAGCUUGCCUCUCAGGAGGCCCGCUACAAGGCCUUUGGGACAUGUGUGUCUCACAUAAGUGCCAUCUUGUCCACCUACACACCUGUAGUUAUCUCCUCAGUCAUGCACCGUGUAGCUCGCCAAGCUGCCCCUCAUAUCCAUAUACUUCUUGCUAUCUUCUAUCUUCUUUUCCCCCCCAUGAUCAACCCCAUUAUCUAUGGCAUCAAGACCAAGCAGAUUCGUGAUCAUGUGCUCAGUCUAUUCCGGAGAAAGGAUGUGUAGAUGGAUACGUUUUUUCUCUUACCCACCAGUCCAGUACUGAGUGGAUGCUGGAUUAAG